AUGUAUACUAUGGGAGGUGGUAACGUAGAAGAGCAAUAUUAUGGAGCAGCUGCGAAAGUACAAAAGCGUUAUUAUACUGAUCAAUUUUCAUUACAUCAAUCUCGACUAAAUGAGAUAUCAGUAGAAGCAAAAGAAGGAAAAAAAUCGAAUGAUAUAACACGUAGAGAUAAUGAUGGAUGUUGUGAUCAAGAUUUUGAUAAGAAAUGGAGUAGGAGAGAAAAAUCAGAUUUAUACAUGACUACACUGAAUUUUAAAGUUAUUGAAAAGUUGGGAAAAGGUGGUUUCGGUGUUGUGUAUCUCGCACGAUGGUAUCAUAAUAAACGUUUAUUAAAUCUACCACCAAAUGGUGAUUUAUGUGCAUUAAAAGUAGCAAAUAAGCAACAACUGAUUAAGAAAAAGGCGCAAACAUUUGUUAUUAGAGAACGAGAUCUCUUACACUGUUGUAAUCAUCCAAAUUUAACAAAAUUGUUAACAUCAUUUAAAGACGAGGUCAAUAUUUAUAUGGUUUUAGAAUUUAUAGCAGGUGGUGACUUCUUCAUGUAUAUAAGAGCACGAGAUAGAAUUGCAGAAGAUCAUGCUCGAUUUUAUGUCCAACAAGUGAUACUUGGUUUUGAAUAUUUACAUUGUUGCAAUAUUUUAUAUCGUGAUUUGAAGCCAGAGAAUAUCAUGUUAACGGGACGAGGUUACAUUAAACUAAUUGAUUUUGGUUUUGCAAAACAAGUAUUAACUAAAACUGCUACCAUGUGUGGCACACCACAGUUCAUGAGUCCAGAAAUUAUAUUACAAGAGAAUUAUGACAGAUGUAUUGAUUGGUGGGCAUUGGGAAUUUUAAAUUACGAAAUGAUGGCAGGCGAGUCACCAUUUCAUGGCGACUCAGAUGAAGAACUAUUUGAGGCUAUUCUAAAAAAUCCAAUUCGAUUUAAAUCAACAAUAUUUUCCAAUGUAGCAGCCGAUUUCAUUAAAGGCUUACUAACAAGAAAUCCGAAACGGCGUUUAGGAUGUACACAUGAAGGAAUGGACGCUGUGAAGUAUCAUCCUUGGUUCAAGAGAGGUUAUAGUUUUGAACAAAUUCUUCAACAAAAUAAAACAGCUGUUUAUGUGCCCUCAACCUUGAAAGACUAUAGGAAUGUGCCGUUGAAAUUGAUUGAAGUGACAAAGGCGCAACAAUUGACAAACGAGGAUGAAUUUGUUGAUUUUUGA